AUGGGUGGAUCAAGUUGCCUUACAGUGACAACGGGGCUUACGUCGGCAGUGACGUCGGAUCCAGCGUCGGCCCGAUACACGUUAUCAGCUUUCGCUACUGGUGACUGGGGCGCGACGCCGUACAAGGGCUCGUGCUGUGGAAGCACGUACAACAACUACGAUCUCAACGCCCAAGAAGUCGUCGCGACUCUGAUGAACAUCGAAGCUGGAACUUCCGUCAAGCCCAAGGCCAUCCUCGGUCAUGGCGACAGUUUGUACUGGACUGGCAUCAACAGUGAAUUGUCCCGUGACGGCCGCUUCGCUGAGUCGUUCGAGGCCAAGUACGACGGAGACAACAUCAAGACUACGAUUCCCUGGUUCAACGUUAUGGGCAACCACGACUACGGCGGCUCCGACUACAUCUGCAGCAGCGGGGACAAGCUGGUCAAGUGCAACAGCACGGCGGAGCAGUACCAGGGCCUUGAUAGCAAACUCAAGUGGCAGACGGAGUUUCGAAGCCGCAACGACAACCGCUGGCACAUGGAUGACCGCUUCUACGUCUACCGUAUCGAGGACCCCACGACCGGAGUGAGCAUCGACAUCUUUAACGUCGACACGAACGAUGCCGACGUUCAUGGUGCCAGCCUCGUUUGCUGCCAGUGCUACAGCUACGCCGGCACUGACAGCGGCGGGUGCAACCACGUCGUUCGUGAAGACAAGUACUGCUUCGGCGGUCAAUUAGAUCUGUUUGACAGCUGUAUGGCCAGGUUCUCGCAAUGGGGCGCCGAAUCUCGCGCUCAGUUGGCGGAGAAGGUGAAGCAGUCGACUGCGACUUGGAAGAUCGUCAACAGCCAUUUCAGCCCCUACGACCACUACUUCGAGCCGGGGAUGAACAAGUGGUUUGACGUGCUGAGGAACUCGGGCGUUCGCGUUUUCCUGCAUGGCCACACGCACGCAGAGAAGCACGACUACUCGGCGUCGCUGGGCGUCCAAUUCAUCGAGAACGGCGCCGGUGGCGGCAGACAAAAGGGUCCCGCGAGUGUCAUUCAGCCCUACGCAGCCAAGUACGUUAAGAAUGAGUGGGCGUACACGGCCGACGAGUACGGAUUCUUCUCGCUGCAGGCGUCCAAGGACUGGCUGAAGCUGCAGUACCACACGGCGGACACCAAGUGGAACUUCGCGGAAACCUACGCGGACACGACGAUCGGCGGCGUGGCGACCAAGCACUGCUGGUACGUCCCGGCGGACGGCUCCGAGGGCAAGGCGUGCUGGACAGAAUGGGAAAUAGCCCCUCAAACUUUGAGGUUAAAGCGCAAUUGA